AUGGAGGGGCUUUCGCCAAAGGCUUUGCAGGCACAACAGGCCAAUGACCUUUACCGCCUGCUGGAGAAUGUGUUUGAGGAGAUGAAGGUUGACUGGGCCUCCGUUCGUGAAGACGAGGUGUGUAUGAACUUCAGACUUUGCCUGCACCUCCUUUCGAAGUACGGUCUCAACAUUCCCUACCCGAAGACCUUUGAGGCCGUCUUGGGCUGCUGA